GCUCCUGCAGUCUAACAACUCAGUUAUAGUCGAACCUUCACCAGAGAAGCAUCUCUCAGUGAUAACAGAGCGUGUGACCAGAGCGACAGUUAGUCAAUCUACUACAUACCUGCUAUAGCUACUUCAAUACAGCGUUACUACUGUAUUGUCCUCGUAUAAUACUGCUGUAUUAUACUCCGUACAGCGUUACUACUGUAUUAUACUCCGUUACCACAACUAACACCUCCGUUGUGCUACGAUGGAGAAGAUCGUCCGUUCAAGAAACGAGGUGAGAUCUUCUCAGCCAGACACCUUUAAACACACUUUGUUCAGCGUUACACUGAUCUAGGCCUUUAAACACACUUUGUUCAGCGUUACACUGAUCUAGGCCUUUAAACACACUUUGUUCAGCGUUACACUGAUCUAGGCCUUUAAACACACUUUGUUCAGCGUUACACUGAUCUAGGCCAGCCCACAUCUUCAUCUGCUUUUUAAUCUUUUGUCUAAACUUUUGACAAAUGCAUGAGCAGUAUAAGAUACGUAUGUGGACUAAAACAGGGCUGUUUUUUACAGUUAAAUUAACAAAAAACAGAACUGAAAACAUAUUCUAAGCUUCACCAAAAGAUUUUAGAUCAACCUGAUCUCCAAAAAACUGAUCUGAAACUGAAGUUAUUGACAGUAUAAAUGGUGUUCUGUGUGUAUAGUAUAAAGGAAACAGUAGAAAGAUGUGAUUCUGUGGUGUGAGGCUGAACUUGGCUAGACUCUUGUGACCAACUGAAUCAGUGUGUUUCAGAAAAAGUAGCUUCACAGUGCUCUUUAGAAGCAGAUGGAGUUGGCUUCAGUACUUUCAACUGUCUCUUUGUGUGAUCCAACGUUAGGACGGGACUGUUUUCUCAACCUUUACAUUUGUGUCUUUCAGUCACUUAACCAAGAGCUGGUUGAAGCCGCUACCCAGCAGGCUCCCAGCAAGGAGAUGCAGUAUCUCAGGAGAGCCCUGAUGGACGUCCAGAAACAGAACUUUGAGCACGCCGCUGAAACCGCUGCCCUGAGGGAGCAGAUGGCCGCCAAGGAGUCCAGCUGGGAAGAGGAGAAGAUGAGGAUCCUGAAGGCUCUCAAGUUAGAGAGACUCAUCAGGGAAGAAGCCCAGAAGGGCCUCAAAGGACAGGAUGAGCACAACCCUGACCUCCAGGUUCAACUCCUCCAGACUCCCAGCAAUCAGCUGAAGGACUCUCACCAGCACAACACUGAGCUGGCCGCCAAAAUCGCUGCCCUGAAGCAGCAGAUGGCCGCCAAGGAGUCCCGCUGGGAGCUGGAGAAGAACAAGAUGCUGACACAGGUUCAGAUCUACCUGCAGAACAAGGAGCAGGAGAAUCAGAAGGUGAUCAACUCUCUCAGGCAAAGUCUUCUUGAAAAGCUGAGUGGAACGAUGAUGGUCAAACAGACUCCCAGCAACCAGCUGAAGGACUCCCACCAGCACAACACUGAGCUGGCCGCCGAAAUCGCUGCCCUGAAGCAGCAGAUGGCCGCCAAGGAGUCCCGCUGGGAGCUGGAGAAGAACAAGAUCCGGAUGGCUCAGAGAGCCAUCAAGAUACAGGCUCAGAAACAGGAGGUGACCGACUCUCUCAGCCAAAGUCUGUUUGAAAAGCAGAAUGAGAUCAUGAUAGUCAAACAGACUAUCAGCAACCAGCUGAAGGACUCUCAACAGGUCACUGAGCUGGCCGCCGAAAACGCUGCCCUGAGGGAGCAGAUGGCCGCCAAAGAGUCCGGUUGGGAGCUGGAGAAGAACAAGAUCCUGAUACAGGUUCAGAACGACCUGCAGACCAAGGAGCAGGAGAAACAGGAGGUGACCGACUCUCUCAGUCAAAGUCUGCUUGAAAAGCAGAAUGAGAUUGUGAUGAUCAAACAGCUCUGGACUGAAAAGUGUAUAAAGGCCUGUGAAGCUUGGAAGGAGGAGAACAGGGAGAUCAGAGAGACCUGUGAGAGAGAGCUCCAAUCUGCACUUGAUCAAAAGAAUCUGAUGGUCAAAUCUCUGCAGGACGAGUCGGACAGGAAGGUGAGCCAGGUCGUCCUGGAAAAGGAUGAUCUGAUCACCCGAAUGACGACAGCCAAGAUGGCUCUGGAGGCCGAGUGGACAACGAAACUCGCCGCUCUGGAAGAUCAGACUCUAAAGAACGAGGUCCGGCUGAAGGAGAAGGAGAUGCAGCUCCUCCAGAGCGAGGUCCAGCUGAAGGAGAAGGAGAUGCAGCUCCUCCAGAGCGAGGCCAAGUGGUCAACGAAGCUCGCCCCUCUGGAAGAUCAGAUCCGGCUCCAGACCGACACCACCACAGACCUCCAGGCACAACUCCUCCGCCUCCAGGAGCUCCACCAGAAACUUGACCUGGGAGCACUGCAGAUGACCGCGGAGGAGAUGAAUGCCAAGAAGAAGGAGUUAAAGAAGCUGAUUGUGGAGAAGGAGAAGGAGGAGAAGAGACAGAAGAAAGAGAGGGAGGAAAGAGAGAAGAGAGAGAAGAAGGAGAGUGAGGAAAGAGAGAAGGAGGAGUUGAAAAGUGUGAAGAAGGAAAAGGAGGCUCUGGAGAAAAAAGAGAAGGAGGACUUGAAAAGGGAGAAGAAGGAGAGGAAGGAGAAAGAGAGGAGAGAGAAGUAGCAUUCUUUCUCUCCACAUUCUUCCCCCAUCCCCCUUCUGACCAUCCUGCCCCUUCACCC